AGCAAAAGUGAAAUUUGUGGGUAGCUGAAAUUAGGUUUUCCAAUUUGGUCUUUGCGUGACGCGCCGUCCCGAUGCUUCACCUUCACUCCCUAGUCCGCUGCCGUGCGCUCCUUCCAUCGAUCGAACUCCGUCGCGUCUUCUUCUCCACCGGCGCUUCCGCAUCUUCCUCAGUCGCUACCGCUUCUCCCGAUCCUCACUUCCUUGUCGAGUACCUCGUGAAUACAUGCGGGUUCACCGCCGACGAUGCUUCCAAGGUCUUCAAGUCGCGCCCCCGUUUUCGGUCCGCCGAGAAGGCCGACGCCGUUCUUGGAUUUCUCAAAUCUCAGGGCCUUGAUGGCGCGAAUCUCAGAAAGCUAAUAACUUGGAAGCCAAAUUUGUUCGGCUGGGAUGUGGAGACGAACCUCGCUCCAAAGUUCAAAUUUUUGCGCGACAUGGGGUUCUCUGAGUCCGACGCCGUCAAUGUCGUUAUGCUGCACCCCACCAUUCUUUCCCUCAGCAUCCAGAACACGCUUCUCCCCAAAUUGAAGUUUUGGGAAAGUCUUUUUGGAUCCAAGGAGAUCCUCCUCAAGAAUCUCCGGAGGGGUAACAGGUUUAUAGGCAACAGCAUUGAGAAUGUGGUACGCCCGAACUUGAACUUUUUACGGGAUGAAUGUGGUAUUCCUGAAGAGCGAGUUUCUCUUGCCAUUAAAAGGCACCCCAGUUUCAUCGUGCUGAACCCAGAUACCUUCCGGGCUCUGGUGGAUAGAGCUGACGGGCUUGGAGUUCCCCGGGGAUCUAGAAUGUUCCUCUGGAUCCUUUAUGUGCUGCACGCGGUCAGCAGGGAAAAAUUUGAAGCCCAAGUAAAGCUCAUGAACAGUUUUGGUUGGUCGAACUCCGAUUUCAGUACUGCAAUCAAGAAAUAUCCAAAAUUUUUAAGCCUUUCCAUAGAAUCAUUGCAGAGAAAGAUGGAAUUUUUGGUCAAGGAUGUUGGGAUUGCACCUUCAGACAUUGCUUACCACCCGAUGCCUUUAGGAUUAAGUUUGGAAAAGAGGUUAAUUCCUCGAUUUCGUGUGAUGGAGAUAUUGAAAUCUGAAGGGUUAUGGACGUCAAGAAACAAGAUACAUGGAUUUUUAUCAUCAUCUGGUCCAAAAUUUUUGCAGAAGUAUGUGCUCCCUUACCAAGAUAUGCACCCCAAACUUCUUGAAGUUUUGUCUUGUGACGUGUAGCUGAGUUCAAAGGGAAUAAUCCAAACUGCUAAUGAAUGCUAGAUUUAUAUAGGUUUGAUUUUUAUGACUGGAUAAGCAAUGAUAUUGAACCAAUCUUGUCAUAGUUUUCAUAUGUUGUACUUGCAGUAUUCAUAUUAUAUAUUAUGAAUGUAACUGGUACUGUAGGCAUGAGGAUAUUAGGUUUCUGAGUUCCAUUUUGCAAUCUGAUUGAGUUGAGAAGGAUUUGUUAAAGGCCUUAUCACUUGAACUCCUUCCAAUUAGAAGAUAUUUGUCUUUUAGAAUCAUCAAUGAUAUAGAACCAAUCUUGUCCUAGUUUUCAUAUGGUUUACUUGCAGUAUUCAUAUUCUAUAUUAUGAAUGUAACUGUAAUUGUAGGCAUGAGGAUGUUAGGUUUUCUGAGUUCCAUUUUGCAAUCUAUUGAGUUGAAAUGGAUUUGUUUUAGGACCUUAGCAGUUGAACUCCUUCCAAUUAGAAGAUAUUUGUCUUUUAGAAUCAUCAAAAGCGAUUUUUGCCCUCUUUCACAAGCAGAGUUGGAUUUAAGCCUGAAAACAAUACCCAUCUGCCAAGAUUAUAGAAAAAUCAUUUUUAAUUUUCAUAUUCUAUAUUAUACAUGUCAUUGUUUCGGUAGACAUGAGGAUGUUAGGCUUUCUGAGUUCCAGUUUGCAACUCGAUUGAGUUAAACAGGAUUUGUUUUAGGGAUAUUCCAGUUGAAUUCCUUAUAAGAGGAAAUUUGUCUUUUAGAAUUAUGAAAGGCGAUUUCCCCCUUUUUGCAUGUAGAGUCAGAUGUAUGCUGAACCUAUUUUCUUUCAAAUUAGUCGGAACAUCAACCGGUUUAAUACUUUUGAAAGUUGAAGGAGCUUAGAAUUCAUAUUGCAAGCUCCUUCUUUGAGCUUUACAGAAAGUGCUAUUCUUAUUAUGAGGAAAGAGUUUAUCACCUGCUUAAGUAUUUGAAUCAAUGAGAACCGAAGGUACUAACAGUAUAGCAAUCAAUGGAAACUCUAUUUAUAAUAAUUCAUAGUCUUGCAUUGUGUAUUGUUGGAAAAUUAUUUAUAUAGUUAUCUCUAAAUAGUUAGAACUUAUAGCUUGUUGUUGUUAUUGUUGUGGUGUAGUGCAGUAGUGAUGAUAAACUUUUCCUGGACUAUUUUAUUUUGUUGUGCAAAUAAAUCCCUCAUUCUUUCCAGGACUAUCUUAUUUAUAAUAAUUCAUAGUCUUGCAUUGUGCAUUGUUGGAAAAUUAUUCAUAUAAACUCUAAAUAGUUAUAACUUCUUCUUGUUGCUGUUGUGGUGGGGUGAUGAUAAACCUUUCCUGGACUAUCUUAUUUUGUUGUGCAAAUAAAUCCCUCAUUCUUGGAUAUAUUAAUUUUUUGUUGAGAUGAUAUUUUGGAUUAGUUUCAGCAUUCCUGUGUGAGAAUUAAAUUUCAUGAGAUAAAAUAUCCAGAAAUUGCAUUUCUUUAAGCUGUAAAAUUACUAGCAAAAUGUUCCAUUACAGUGACUUUAGGGACUAAAAAUGGAACCUUAAAAUAUUUAAAGAAAUGAAGUUAUUAACUCUUUUCAGGCAUCAUAAAUUGAAAGGAAAAUAUUUUUGCAAACUAUUUUAUAUUAGUAUAACACUUUAUGUAAAAUAAAUGAAACCUUAAAUAUUUAAAGGAGCAGGUUAAUGUUUUUGCUAUUUUUUUUCAUUGGCAUGUAACGCAAAAUUGAAAUUUGUGGGUAGCUUUAAGAAAAUAUGAAACGUAUAGGGUGGUAAAUGUGAAAUUAGCCCUGAAGUGAAAAGCCUUUUGCAAUUAGGGUUUUGCGAUUUGGUCUUUGCGUUAUAUUCGUGGCGAGCUUUCCUGGUCGGCCGUCGCGAUGUUUCACCUUCACUCCCUAGUCCGCUGCCAUGCGCUCCUUCCAUCGAUCCAACUCCGUCGUCUCUUCUUCUCCACCGGUGCUUCCGCCUCCUCCUCAGUCGCCACCGCUUCUCCCGAUCCCCCCUUCCUUGUCGAGUACCUCGUGAAUACAUGCGGCUUCUCCACCGACGAUGCUUCCAAGGUCUCCAAGUCGCUCCCCCGUUUUCGGUCCGCCGAGAAGGCCGACGCCGUUCUUGGAUUUCUCAGAUCUCAGGGCCUUGAUGGCGCUAAUCUCAGAAAGCUAAUAACUUGGAUACCAACAUUGCUCGGCUGCGAUGUGCAGACGAUCCUAGCUCCGAAGUUCAAUUGUUUGCACGAAUUGGGGUUCUCUGAGUCCGACGCCGUCAAUGUCGUUAUGUUGCACCCCAUGAUUCUUUCCCUCAGCGUUCAGAACACGCUUCUCCCCAGAUUGAAGUUUUGGGAAAGUUUAUUUGGAUCGAGGGACAUUCUCCUCAGGAAUCUCCGGCGCUGUAAUAGGUUUAUGAGCACCAGCAUUGAGAAUGUGGUACGCCCUAACUUGAACUUCUUACGGGAUGAAUGUAAUAUUCCUGAAGAGCGGGUUUCUCGUGUCAUUAGAAGGCACCCCGGCUUCAUCGUGCAUAAUCCUGAAUCCCUCCGGGCUUUGGUAGAUAGAGCUGAGGGGAUUGGAAUUCCCCGUGAAUCUAAGAUGUUCCUCUGGAUCCUUGAUGUGCUGCACGGGGUCAGCAGGGAAAAAUUUGAGGUCCAAGUCAAGCUCUUGCACAGCUUCGGUUGGUCGAACUCGGAUUUCACUGCUGCAUUCAAGCAACGUCCAACCUUUCUAUGUCAUUCCACAGAAAUAUUGCAGAGGAAGAUGGAAUUUUUUAUCAAGGAUGUUGAAAUUAAACCUUCUGUGAUUGCUAACCACCCAAUCGUUUUAGCAUUUAGUUUGGAAAAGAGGUUAAUUCCUCGAUUUCAAUUGAUGAAGAUAUUGAAGUCUGAAGGGUUAUGGACUUCAAAAAUCCAGCUACAUAGUUUUUUCUCAUUGCCUGGUCCAAAAUUCUUUCAGAGCUUUGUUCUCCCUUACAAAGAUAAACUCCCCAAGACUUGUGAGCUGUAGCUGAGUUAAAGUUUUCAUGCUCCAGUGAGGAGUGAAGACGCCCACUGACACAAAGGGAUUCUUGGUCAGGUCUUAUAAAUGGAUGGCACCUGGGAACUGGGCACUAGCCCAAUCAACACAGCUGAUGACGCAAUGUUGGUUUGCCACUUUUUUUUUUUUCUUUUCUUAAGAAAGCUAAUUUGAGUUGCCAAAUUCCAUAAUGCUUGGCAUCUAAAAGUGUUCACAUAUGCUGAUAUGCAGAGUUUGUUGCAAGAAGAAAUUUGGCAAAAAUUAUAAGGGCUUA